AUGCGUUUCAAAUACAAAAGUUCAGUGGAUUUGGCGCUUCCAAACGGGUCGAACGUGUCUAAGGCUUUUGGUGGGGUCGAACCAGACGUAGUCGUUAUGCCAAGGCCCCCGUGUGAGGAAUGUGCAGUCGCUGGGAUUAAGGCGGGCGGCGGGCACAAAGUCGACAACUCGCCGCCAUUGUUGGCGACGCCGUCAAUGGCUGCGCAUUCAAGGAACGCGGCUGCGGAACCGCCCGUUGUCAAUAUUUGUAAUCGCCGCUCAAACACGACCUGUUCCGAACUGGCCACGAACGCUAGUAACGAUCAAUGGAGAUUUUAUGGAUUGUGUCGACGGCGUCAGAUGUUCUCAACGCCC